GAAGGCAAUUAAUUAAGAUUGCUAAUUAGAAUUUGAAAUGAUAGCAAUAAGCAGCAAGAGAGCAGCUGUCUUCAGUCUGUUGUCAUUUGUGGUUUUUCUUCAUUCUCUUCAUGGGUGCGCCCUCGGUGCGAACCGAACAUCUCCACGGCCGCCGGCCAUCAUCGUUUUUGGCGACUCGAUCGUCGAUCCAGGCAACAACAAUGAAAUCCUAACGGCGAUUCAGUGCAACUUUCCGCCUUAUGGGAAGGAUUUUGUUGGUCACAAAGCAACGGGAAGGUUCAGCAAUGGCAAGAUCCCAUCUGACAUUACAGCUUCUCAGCUAGGAAUAAAAGAAUACGUACCUGCAUAUCUUUGGACAGAGCUAUCAGCCUAUGAUCUUAUAACUGGAGUAAGCUUUGCAUCCGGCGCCAGUGGAUUUGACCCUCUCACAUCUCAGUUAAUGUCGGUGAUUUCGUUGGACGGACAACUAAAUUUGUUUGUGGAAUACAAGAAGAAGGUGAAAGCAAUUGUAGGAGAAAAAAGAGCAGCAUACAUAAUCAACAAUGCGGCAUAUCUUAUUGUCACAGGAACAGAUGAUCUGGCCAACACUUAUUUCCCCACACCAUUUAGGAGGUUUGAAUAUGAUCUCCCCUCCUACAUCAACUUUACAGUUCAAUCAGCUUCAACUUACAUCCAGAAACUGUACCAUUUAGGAGCACGAAGAAUCAGAGUUGUGGGAGCUCCUCCCAUUGGCUGCUUACCAUCACAAAGAACUCUUGCAGGAGGUAUUGAGAGAAUAUGCGAUCCAACCUACAACCAAGCUGCAACAUUAUUCAAUUCACAGUUAUCAAAAGAAAUGCAGAGACUCAACAGCACCUUACCUAAAUCAAGCAUCCUUUAUAUUGAUAUGUAUAACCCUUUGCUUGAUAUCAUUUUACACCCUUCUAACUAUGGAUUUGAGGAAUCCAAGAGAGGCUGCUGUGGUACAGGAACUUUUGAGGUCACACUGGCUUGCAACAGCUUGACCACCUUUAUAUGUGAAGAUGCAUCAAAAUAUGUGUUUUGGGAUAGCUACCAUCUGACGGAGAGAGCCUACGAGAUUUUGAUGAAGAAACUUGCGCAGAAAUACGGUGUAUUUAUAAAUUAACAGGUCAUACACACAGUUAUGUUUUGUUAGGAAGAUUAAAUUACAUACAUACUCCCCAAUUCUUAUGCAAUUACAUAUGUAACA